UGGAAGCUCAUGGGACGUAACUUCCAUUUGGAGCCCAAGUUGGGCGCGGGGGGUAGGUGGUGGUGCCGGUGCCCCGGCGGUGCUGGCGUUUGCCUUCUGGCUGUGCUGGCCACCCGUUUGAAAGCUGGCUACCGGGACCUGCCGAAGUUUGGCCUCCCGGUGUUUAUAUCAGCCUCGGCGUUUUUUUUCCCUCUUCAAGAUACUUGUGUCAAACCACACACCGUUCGCCGAGCUUCGGAGCUGCUGUCUAAAUGGGUCCAGUCAUGCCUCCCAGUAAGAAGCCAGAGGGCUCAGGAAUUAGCGUUCCCAGCGGAUUGAGCCAACGUUACCAAGAUAGCGAUAUAUCAAAGGCACUUCACGAUGACGAGGACCUAGAUUUCUCUUUGCCUGCCAUCAGAUUAGAUAAAGGGGCCAUGGAAGAUGAAGAACUAACUAAUUUGAACUGGUUACACGAGAGCAAGAACUUGCUGAAAAGCUUUGGGGACUCGGUGUUAAGGAGCGUUAGCCCCGUUCAGGACAUCGGUGAUGACACGCCGCCGUCUCCUGCCCACUCUGACAUGCCCUACGAUGCCAAGCAGAACCCCAACUGCAAACCUCCUUAUUCCUUUAGCUGCCUCAUAUUUAUGGCCAUCGAGGACUCGCCAACCAAAAGACUGCCCGUAAAGGAUAUAUACAACUGGAUCUUGGAACACUUUCCUUAUUUUGCAAACGCACCCACUGGAUGGAAAAAUUCUGUGAGACAUAAUCUGUCCUUGAAUAAGUGUUUUAAGAAAGUGGACAAAGACAGAAGUCAGAGUAUUGGAAAGGGGUCCUUGUGGUGUAUAGACCCAGAAUAUAGACAAAAUCUUAUUCAGGCUUUGAAAAAGACACCCUAUCACCCAUAUUCGCAUGUGUUCAAUACACCUCCCACAUCUCCUCAGGCAUAUCAAAGCACAUCAGGUCCACCCAUUUGGCCAGGAAGCACCUUUUUCAAGAGAAAUGGAGCCCUCCUACAAGAUCCUGACAUUGAUGCUGCCACUGCCAUGAUGCUUUUGAAUACUCCCCCUGAGAUACAAGCAGGUUUUCCUCCGGGAGUGAUACAAAAUGGAGCUCGAGUUCUGAGUAGAGGAAUAUUUCCUGGAGCCAGGCCAUUGCCAAUCAACCCUAUAGGGAGCAUGGCUGUUGCAGUAAGAACUGGUUGGAAAUCUUUCAAAAUGAAUGGAAUAACAAACUGCCGGAUGCGGACAGAAAGCGAACAGUCCUGUGGCUCCCCGGUCGUUAGCGGUGACCCAAAGGAGGAUCACAACUACAGCAGUGCCAAAUCUUCCAACCACAGGAGCACCUCCCCUGCUAGUGACUCCGUUUCCUCUUCCUCUGCUGACGACCAGUACGAAUUUGCAACUAAAGGCAGCCAAGACAGCAGCGAGGGAAGUGAAGUCAGCUUCCAGAGCCACGAGAGCCAUAGCGAAACGGAAGAGGAGGACAAAAAGCAAAAUCGGAAGGAGACCAAGGAUUCUUUAGCUGACAGUGGGUAUGCGUCCCAGCACAAGAAAAGGCAACAUUUAAUGAAGGCGAAAAAAGUACCAAGUGACACACUGCCUCUUAAAAAGAGACGUACGGAAAAGCCCCCUGAGAGUGAUGAUGAGGAGAUGAAAGAAGCAGCAGGAUCCCUCCUGCAUUUAGCAGGAAUUCGAUCCUGUUUGAACAACAUCACCAAUCGGACGGCAAAGGGGCAGAAAGAGCAAAAGGAAACCACAAAAAAUUAGAACAAAUCGAUGAUUUGUUUGAACUUACAAAGUUUUGUUUCAGCACGUCAGGUGAAUUCUAAUGAUUUGUGGCAAUAUCAGCAAUUUUUUCCUUUUUUGUUUUUCUUUCUAUUUGUUUUUGUUUCGUUUCUUUCUUUUCUUUUUUUUUUUUGACCCUUAAGAUUUUUAUUUUUAAAGGAGAUUGAAGCCAUAGAACUCAUACUGACACUCAGCUAAUUUACAAAAGCUUUUCAUUACCUGAAGACAAAAAGUUAACAAACAAAAGAGCCAAAAUCGCCAUUGCUUUCUCCGGCUUGUCAAAAACGCAUGGUUGAAUACACAGUGACAUCAACAUUAAUGUGAUGGGAGUAAAAUUGUGCUUAAUUUAAUAAUCAUUCAGGCCUGGCCCUUAAGAAUCUUUUUUUCUUUUAAUGGCCUUAACGAUUGGGUUAGAAGUGAAUGUGAAUAAAGAGAUUUGGGGGGGGAAGAGGAGGCACGUACUUCUCAGCACCAAACCAAGAACCAUCUAGUGGCACUUGGACAUGCUGUGCCAUACAAGUCUUUGGACAAGCCACUGGUGGCAACUGUGCAAAGCCUAACGCACUUUUUUAGUGCUUCACGUUCUACAUGUGGCUUAUAAUGUGAAGACUGGUAACUUCUAAGUUUGGGGAAGUUUGAACUGUGUAUGCAAUGGGUUUCAGUGAAAUAAGGAGAAGAAAUGGGAGGGAGGUGCACUGUUAGUAGCAUCGUUAAUCAUUGAGUUCUGUCUUCUAUAGUAAAUUUAAAGAAUGUUCAAAAAAGCCAUAAGCCCGAAGAUUGGCACUGCGUGCAAAAAAUAAUAGUACUAGGGAAAAACAAGCUAUGUCUUCUAAACUGCCUGAGUGAAAAGCAAUCAAAUCUUAGAAAUUACAGUAGAUAUUAAGGAAGGAAAUACAUCAGAAUCUCUUUCUGUGGAUCAAAUCCUUGAUCUAACUGGGGAAACAAAGCUACAAAACCUGCCACUAGUAGUAUUCUGUAUUUAAAAACAAAAGGAAAGCAUAUUAGUGAACAUUAAAAUCCAGAAGUUCAACAACAGAGCUCCUACACUGCCCUCGGAAACGAGUGUGCAGUUGCCGUCAGUCAGGAUUCAUCUGUGCAAAAAUGGCAACAGAUUUCCAGAUUCAACCAGCGUAGCCAGCAGAAGAAAUUUGAUCCGCGUUGCAUGGAUUCCUUUGGGGAGGGGGGGAAUACAAAAAGCAAACAAUUCUUUUUUUAUUCAAAGAUGACAAAGUUCUUGUAAGGUAAAUAAUGUAUUUAGCAUGAAGCAUGAAUUAUUUUCAUAUAAAUAUAGAAAAUAGAGAAAAAGGCUAUGCCUCUAAUUUUUAAGCCCUUAGGCUUAGAGUUUGUUUUUUUGGGUUUUAUUUUUUUUUGUUUGUUUUGUUUUUGUUUUGGUUCUUUUUUGUUGUUGUUGGGGUUUUUUUGAAGCAGGUGUUUAAGGUUUAACCUUCUUCAGGGACAAACACUGACUGUUGGGGAACUUACUCUGCAAUAUUAAAAAAAAAUAAAAUCUUCAUGCUCUGGUAGGGCUUGGAUGGUUGAAUUAUACUGCCUUGUCUGCACAUUCAGCCCCCCUCUCCCUACUUCUGUUUAAAAUAAGAAAAAAAAAAAAAAAAGAAAAAAAAGUAAAAGUGUGUCCUUUCUUCGUCUGUACAUGUGUAACAUGACGCAAUAAUCUGAGGGCAAAUUUAGUAGUGAGUGUGUAUGACAGAAUCAAGAGAAUAAUGGGAGGUUAAUUGAGGAAAACUCUCUGAUUUGAUUCAGGAAUAAGUAGAUGAGAAAAUAGCUUUGCUAAUUUGCCAUGAGAAAAUGAAGUUAGUGAAGAGCCUUACUGAGGUGUCCAGAGAAAAACCAGUGUUACAGAGCGUGUGGUUCAGGUAUAGUGCUACUCUCCUGGCGAGGACGACUAUUAGACUGGAGAUCCCUACAGCAGAGGGGAGCUGUGAAAUAAGUAAGACAGUCUCUCUCACCUGGAUUCGUGAAUUUGGCAUGAAAAAUUCUACUCUUAGAAUAUCGUAGAGGCAAAGAGGAAAAUCCCAGGUACCAACGACUUAACAGAACGAAAUGGUCUGUUUUUUUCAAAAAGAAAAUAGGUUUCUAUUUAUCCCUAACAACUGUGUGAGGCAGCAGUUUCACCAAGGCCGAUCUAGUUUAUGAGGAGUGAGUUAGAGAAGGGUUUGACUUUCCCACUCGGUGGAGUGAACUAAAGAUGGCACUUAGAGAUGGGGGUGGUGGGUGUUGGUUUAGGAAGCAAAGAACUGAAAGGCAGGGCUGGUCUGGCCCUGUUCCUGUGCUCCAUGGGAAGAACAGGGACACGCUGUUCUCCUCCCAUCUCGCCCAGCGUGUCCUGGGAGCCAGGAGCUGCUCCAGCUGUGCAGAUAAGGAAGGAGGGAGCCAAGGACGGUGCAGGGAACCCCUCUGUGUGCGGGGGCCGAUGCACGCAGGGUUGAUUCCCAGCCUUGGUUAAGUCAGAAGUGGAUGGAUACUAAUUUUUGUCGGCUGCCUGCAGCCCUUAGGACAAAGUUGGGGAAAACAGGAAGGACCAGUCCCUUGGCCAGGUAGCACAGAGAUGAAUGAGCCAUAGCUUGUCCUGUGUGUGCUUGGACUGGGAUAAUCAGCCUCGUCCCAGAGCCACGCUCCCUGCGGCCAGAGUCUGCAGGCAGUGAACCACACAACCCCUGCACAAGAAAACGUGGUCCUUCAUCUUUUUAACAGACUUUGGAAAGAGUAAUCUGAAAUAUAAAAUGCUACAGCAUCAGUUUGCUGCCACCUUUGCUCAUUAAUGCAUAGUUGUACCAGCUUGAGAGUGGUUCAAUAUUUAUCAAAAAGCAACACUGAAAAGUCAAAUUUAGCGACAGAAAAUUGCAUUCAAACUGUGGCUCAGCCAGCUCUGUCCUCCAGAGAAAGCGAUGUGGUUGUGUGCCAGUGACCAGAUUCUGUCCACAGUCACGACACUAAUUCCAGAGCAGCUUCACUGAUUGCAGCGUGUCAGUGCAAAUGAGAUCAGUGUCUGCUGAUCCACAAGUACCAUUCAUUAAUGUGGACUCUUGGUGGCUAAAUACGUAAUUACCACUAGUAUUACUCACCUUAGUAAACAGUCAUUUUGCAUAAGUAUCUGAUUAGGCAAGUUAUCUUUAUAGAUAUAUAUAUAUAUAAUCUAUCUAAGACUUCAACGACUCCUUUAUAUACUUGCUGGUAAACCUAAAAUGUUGGUAAGCAUCUAUUUUCAUGUAAAAUUUCUUGCUCCUGGUCUGAUCUGCUAAGGAGGUAUUAUUCAGUAGGAGUUUACAAAGUUACGUUCAGGAACCAGCAGUUUGGCUGAGGGCUAAUGCCAUCAACAGAUUAUUUCUGGAGUUUAAAAACAACUUGUCCUUACUGACUCUGACUAUUGAUGAGAAUAAUUUGGAAUCGUAUAAAAUAUUUAGGAGUCACCUUUUGAUACAUUUUUGUGCCUGGCUGACAAUGGCAUCUUUGUCAGAACUGGUUCUACUCCAUCAGAAAGGUUCUCUUUUUAAUAAGACUUGAGACCGAUUCGUUUUCCAAAAAAAGUAUAAUGUCAGCUUUUCAAGCCAGUUGUCUCUACUUUGACUGAAUCAUGCCAAAACAGAGUGGUAAUUGCACUGUAUUACGAACUCUCUCACUUGGCAGACGUGAGGUGGUUUGGUUUUACUUGUUUGCUUCCCUUACUAAGCCAUUUUUUGGAGUGAGAAGUCGUCAGCUCUCUAACUUUUCCAUUUUCCUCACUCUAUCA